AUGCCAGACGAGGCUUCAAGCUUGAUCUGUGCUAAAGGCCGACUCACCGCAGCCAUCGAACUCACGGCUUACAAGUUUGUUGUCUCUAACAAUACGUCUGGCUACACAUUCUUGAGAAGAACAGCGCCCCCACAAGGCAGAAUUUCUGUACAAAAAAUACUGUCUCUCGGAGUUAUAGAGCUAUGUUACUUCGUCUGGGUCGACGUUAUGUCUUCGACGCUUCUUGGAACAACCCCACUUCUGCACUAUGAUACUACCAUUGAUGCAUCGGAGAAACUAUGCUCAAAAAAUCUUAUGGAAUAUUUCAACGGAUGCCCACAAGAAUUUAUUUCUUGGUUUGCAAGCAUUAGUGCAAUGCGGUUGACCACCAAACAGUACAAUAGCCAUUCGCCCCAAAUAGACUGCCGACCCAUAGAAUCAGCAAUUCAAGAAUGGGGGCCGGUCAUUGACCAAACCGACCUCUCGAGAGAUGCCAUUACACGACUAGCGGUCAUAGAGGGCUGGAGACACGCGCAUCUAAUUUAUCUGAAUAUGGGCGUGGGCGGGGUUACCUCGAUGGACCCCAAAGUGCAGUCCUCGGUCAAGCAGAUCAUUCAACUUUCUCAUGUUGUGAAAGGUCCAAAGCUAUAUGAACGCCAUAUGUUUGCCCCUGCCAUCCUUGGUUUGUUCAGGCUGGAGCUUGCGCACAUCUGGAGUCGCAGCGCCAGAGCAUCCUACAAAUUCUAG